AUGGAAAAAAUCGAAAUAUUUUUUGAUACGGCUCAGCGAUUAGCACAAAGUUUCAAAGCAUCGUAUAUGAUUAAGCCAUUUAAAACGCUUUUUUCGGAUGAACAUUUUAUUAUUGCAAUUAAUGAGCCAAAAGAAUUAAUUGCUAUCUAUAAUACAAAAAAAGCUACGUUAAAUGUAUCUUCUUUUCAUGAUGGUCAAGCAAAUUUACUUACACGAAAUUCAAAUAUACAGUUAUUACAAUGCGAAGAUGGCAACGAAAAUGAACAUAUUACUGAUGAUAUGGACAAAAGUGAUAAUGAUCCG